AUGGACAGGCUGCUGGGUAUCAAAGCCAAGAAGAAGGAUAAUCCCUUUGACAUCUUGGGGUUGCCUCGCAGCUCGGACCAGGAAAGUGUGCGACCUGCCUUCCGGAAGCUCGCCGGCGCUCUUCAUCCCGACGUGCCAGGGACAGGCGAUGCCACUGCUUUCCGCAAACUCCUGUGGGCCUACAGGGAGCUCUCCUCACCUGGCUGGCGACGUUGGUCCCGACAGCGCGCCGUGGACUUCAAUGAGGUGAGGCUGCCAGGCGUCGAUCUGGAGGACUUGUUCCAGGAUGCUGUGGACGCAGGACCUGAGCUGGAUGACUGGGAGGAGCAGUACAGAAAGAGGCAGGUGGAGAAGGAGAAGAAGGUGCAGCAAACCCAGACAACGUUGGUCAAGCGCAUCCUGGAAGGCACCUACGAGGAGCAAGGCCGGAACCAUGGACGGCCAGUUUUCCGCAAGUCCCUGGGGCAAGGCGAGAGCGUUGCCGUCUACUACUGGGACGAAAAGGAUGGAGCUGACUGUGACGGAUGGUGGAUAGGAGCAGAAGUGGGUGGCGACAUGGUCUUUGCCUUCAAUAUCAAUCAGGCGUCCAUGUUCCCACCGGCGAGUGGAUGGAGGUUUCCGCUUCGCGGCCCAGUCGACCAUUCGCUCCGCAUUGUGCUAGGGCAGAACCGUUCCUUGCAGAUCCAGUUCGGUGCUUGA